GCCCUCCGCCCUCCACCCUCCAGCCCUCCGCCAGCCAGCCAACCCUUCAGCUGCGCGCCUUUCGUUCUGCUGAAAACUAUCCCACCCUCGCUGUUCCUCCCCCCCUCGCCUGUUCAUAAUUUACCAUCUCCCCAUAUGAGUUCUCGCCUGAAAGCCUUCGGAUUCGGCAAGCGCAAAUCUACCGCCAGCAUCCACAACCCGGACUUUCAGCAGCAGCACCAGCAGCAGCAGCACCAGCAGCAGCUGUACCAGCAGCAGAGCCACACCCCCCCUCCUCCUGCCGGUGCCCCUCAAAUACCACAGCAGUUCCCUUCCCGUCCCGGUCCCGCUCCAUCUCUUGCCUCCUCAUCCUCCCUCCAGAGCCUCCAAAUGAAUCAUCCUGGAUCCGGCCCAAGACCGCCAAGCUACACGGCGAACUAUCCUCCUGGUCCCCCGCCCCCCGUUGGUCGCACCAGCCCGCUGACGAACCAAGGCCCUGCUCGCACGCCGCCCUCGCAGAUGGUUGGCGGUCCUCCACCCAUCAACACCGGUGCUCCCGUUGCUGGAUACCCUCCGCCGGUGCCCAUGAACGGGCCUCCUCCCCUCUCGAUGGCCGGCCGUCCGCCCCCAAACUACGGCGGCGCUCCUGGAUAUCCUCCACCUGCCUCUCAACCCCAGGGUGCUAUGGCUGCCGCUCCCUACGGUAGACCUGCUGCUGAGGUCGAGGGCAACAGCCGAAGUAAGGCUCAGCUAAUCGUUGGCAUUGACUUUGGCACGACCUUCUCGGGUGUAGCAUUCGCAUUUGCCACGAAUAAUGAGGCAAAGGAGGACAUCAUUACCGAAUGGCCUGGUGCCGGUUCAUACACGAAGCAAAAGAUUCCCACUGUUCUUUACUACGACCAGUAUCAGAAGGUCGUCGGCUGGGGCCCCGAUAUUGCCGAAGCCCUCGCCCCGACUGGAUACCCGAAACCUGGUGUGCAGAAGGUCGAAUGGUUCAAGCUCCAGCUGAUGCUUUCGGGCAACACCUACAUUGACCCCAUUAACCUGCCACCCCUGCCACCUGGAAAGUCAGAAAUCGAUGUUGCCGCCGACUACCUCUUCAAACUCCGGCAAGCCAUGCGAGCCGCCCUGCAGAAGACGCUGGGCGAGGUGUUUAAUCGCGAGGAGAGGAAUAUUCGCUACUAUCUCACCGUGCCCGCUAUCUGGAAUGACGCCGGCAAGGCUGCGACAAGAGCUGCCGCCAUCCAAGCCGGCUUCCUCAGGGAUGAAAAUGACAACCGCCUGACCCUUGUCAGCGAGCCCGAGGCCGCUGCUCUGUUCUGCUCCAAGACGGGCCUUUUGAAUCUCAAGGUUCAUGAUGCAGUCCUGAUCGUGGAUUGCGGUGGUGGUACUGUUGAUCUGAUCGCGUAUGAGGUCGAGGACGAGAAUCCGUUCACCGUUGCUGAAUGUACUGCCGGCUCCGGUGACUCUUGCGGUUCAACAGCACUGAACCGCAACUUCAGCAACAUUCUCCGGACCAAGAUCCGCAAGAUGAAGCUGCCCGACGGCUCCAAGACGGCUGGUCGCGUGUAUGCCAAAUGUAUUAUGGAUUUCGAGAACCGGAUCAAGGCCGAUUUUAGGAACAACGGUCAGAAGUGGGCCGUCGAUGUCGGUAUCGAGGCCGAGUUCCCAGAGGCGGGCAUUGAGGAAGGCUACAUGACCUUCACCAACGAGGAGAUUCUGCAGUGCUUCGAGCCCGUCGUCAACCGCAUCCUGGAACUCGUCCGCAACCAGAUCAUCGCCAUCCAGGCACAAAACCGCACAUUGCAGAACAUCCUGGUCGUCGGUGGCUUCGGUGCUUCAGAAUACCUCUUCCAGCAGAUCAAGCUUCACGUCCCGCCUCAGUUCCAGUCCAAGGUCGUCCGGCCAAUGGACUCGGUGGCUGCCAUCGUGAAGGGUGCCGUUACCGCAGGCAUCACCGAGCGCGUUAUUACCCAUCGCGUCGCCCGUCGCCACUACCUCAUGGCCACUCUCCAGCCGUUCAAGGAGGGCUACCAUCCCGAGGCCUACCGUGUCCCGUCUCUGGACGGCAAGGACCGCUGCAAAUUCACCCGCCAGAUCUUCGUCCAGAAGGGCCAGAAGGUCAAGAUCGGCGAGCCUGUCAAGGUCUCUUUCUUUAGACAAGUCGCCCCCGGUGCUACUCUCAUGUACGAGGAUAUCCUGUACGCCUGUGACGAGGAUGCCUGCCCCGAGUAUACCAAGGAUCCCCGUAUCAAGGAAGUCGUCACCCUCACGUCCGACCUCUCACGGAAGAACCUGGAGAAGGACUUUGAGCGGAUGGACACGCCACAAGGAACAUUCUACCGCGUUUACUUUGAUAUUUACCUGACCCUGGACGGCUCCGAAUUCAGUGCGGAGCUCGUUUGCCAGGGAGAAGUUAUGGGCCGCUGCCGGGCAAGGUUCAGGUAGAAUAUCUGGCACCGGGCUUUUGGCGGAGCUGCUCUCUUCAUAUAGUCCUUUUCUUUGCGCGCGCGCUCUUAUACCGCCUCUAUUGAUACCUCUUGGUUGGAACGAAAGGGGCCUGGCUGGGCAUUGAGUACGAGGAGAGGGGAGGGGAGAAAGGAGGGCAAUGCACGGCAUGAAUGAUGAUUGGUGCUGAUCUUUUGGCAUCAUCGCGCGUCAAUUCUGUUCAUCAACAUACGGUGCAGUUGGACUACCAGCUGGAUGGGCCCGUCGGAGGCCUUUGAAGGAGCAUGUAUGUUGCGAGAUCUAAGUCCAAAAAUGAGAUUCUAGAUUCGGCAUCACGUUGGAAACUGAGCUAGUGGGCGAU